AUGGACGGUGGCUUGGUAGGUUCGCCACAGCGUGGUAUUAUCCUCCGUGGUGGCUUUCUAGGCCCAGAAGGCGGUGACAUGCUAGGCCCAGAGAGAGGUAUCCUCCAUUGUGGUGGCAUUGCCACCAAGGGUGGUGGAUGGCUAGGCCCGGAGGGUGGUACUCUUCCUCGUGGUAGCAAAUCUCCAACCCCAUCAGGUGGCAUCGCCAUCGUGGAAGGAGGCUUCCUAGGUCCGACGGGUGGUAUUAAACAUGGUGGUGGCAUCGCCACCAUGGGCGGUGGAUGGCUAGGCCCGGAGGGAGGUACUCUCCCCCGUGGCAGCAAAUCCCCAACCACGCUAGGUGGCAUUGCCGAGUAUGGCUGUGCAUUUGCCAUCAUCGUGAAAGGUGCGGUCAGUAGUGUCAGUGCCACCAUGACCGCAAUUGAUGAUGCGGUGGCCCCAGCGAUGCUAUUCUUGCUGCUAGCCAUGGCUAGCUUGUGA